AUGGAAGAUUAUCUGCAACUUUAUGAUCUUGAAUUGCCAGAAGAACCACAAGAGCAGCUGCAGCCGCAACCACCUUCUGUGCCAAGUGUGGAAAUUAGUGAUGAUGAUAUGAAGUUGCUAUUGAGUGAUUGUGAGAUUGGUUUGAUGGAAGAUGAUAUGCAGUUUCGUGAUAAUCUUGAUGAUUAUGAGCCAACUGUGGAUACUAUUUAUGAUUUUCUCAGUUGGGUAUUGGGUGAUGAAGAUCAAAUUGAUAAUGGUGUAAUGGAAGAUGAUCUGCAACCUCAGAGUACUAAUCAUAAUGGCGUCUCCGGUACGGAGGGUUUGAAAAUUGAUGGGCAUGAUGUUGUUAAUGUUGGGCCAAGUAUGUCUAUUACUGAUGAUGACAUUUGGUUGCUGUUGACUGAUUGUGCGAUUGGUUUGAUGCAAGAAGAUGAUGACAAUGACUUGAGUGAUUUUUUGGCGCCUCUUGAAACCAUGUUGCUACAAGUACCACAACAUCAGCCUCAUUCAGAGUUAAAUCUUAAUUUCUAG